AUGGCGUUAUCGAGGACUUUUAGAUUAAACACAGGAGCUCUAAUUCCUGCUGUUGGGUUUGGAACUUGGCAGAGUAAAAGCACUACAGUGAAAAUAGCUGUUGAUUGUGCUUUAAAAACGGGAUAUCGACAUAUCGAUACAGCUUAUGCGUACAACAAUGAAAAAGAGAUUGGUGAAGCUAUUGCAAAUUCUAAUAUUCCUCGUGAAAAACUAUUCAUUACCACAAAGUUAUGGAAUACAUUUCAUGCUAGAGAAGAUGUUCAACCGGCUUUUGAAUUGUCGUUAAAAAAUUUGGGAUUAGAUUACAUCGAUUUAUACUUGAUGCAUUGGCCAUUAGCAAUACGAAAAAAUGAAUGUUUAGAUUUAGAACCUAAAAAACCAGAUGGUACAUUUGAUUGGGUGGACAUUGAUUAUGCUGAAGUUUGGUCAGAGAUGGAAAAAAUCGAUCCAUCUAAAGUGAAAGCUAUUGGUGUAUCUAAUUUUAGUAUAGGUAGACUUGAAAGAUUGAUUAGUAAAGCCAGAAUAAUACCUGCUGUUAAUCAAGUUGAACUUCACCCAUAUUUACCUCAGUGGAAACUACUAGAAUUCUGCAAAGAAAAUAAUAUACACGUCACAGCUUAUUCUCCACUCGGUAGCACUAAUGCCCCAUUGCUCACAGAUCCAACGUUAACAGCAAUUGCAAAGUCAAAUCAAAAAUCAAUUGUUCAAGUCUUAAUCUCAUGGGCAGUUCAACGCGGAACUUCUGUUCUCCCGAAAUCAGUCACACCGUCGAGAAUCAAAGCAAACUUUAAUGACUUUUUGUUGCCAGAGAAAGAUUUCGAGUUAAUUAAUAAGAUUACAACUCGUACUCGCUACCUAAAACCUAAAGGUUAUCCUGACGUAUUUGGGGAUGAUUUUUAA